GCGGAGCUUAAAUGCCGCACGGUGAGGGGCAGUUGACCGCAGUCAACACUGAUGUGGAUCGGUGGGACAAUGGGCUUUCUUCCGGACCUUUCCAUCGAGACCUGGGCCUUAAUAGCAUUUGUCAUCACUCUCAUCGCAGUAUAUGGAUAUGCUCCAUAUGGCUUUUUCAAGAAAAUAGGCAUCCGUGGGCCCAAGCCUUUGCCAUUUAUCGGGACGUUUUUGGAGUACAGAAAGGGCAUCCACAAUUUUGACACAGAAUGCUUUCAGAAAUAUGGCAGGGUGUGGGGGUUGUACGAUGGCCGGCAGCCGGUGUUGGCCAUAAUGGACACAGCUAUGAUCAAAACGAUCUUGAUUAAGGAGUGUUAUUCUGUCUUCACCAACAGACGCGAUUUUGGCCUAAAUGGACCAUUACGCGAUGCUGUAUCAAUAGUAGAAGAUGAGGAAUGGAAAAGGAUUCGCGCCAUACUCUCUCCAUCAUUCACCAGCGGACGACUGAAGGAGAUGUACACGAUAAUGCAGCAGCACUCAAGCAACCUGAUCCAGAGUCUUCACAAGAAAGUGAAGGCGGAUGAAGUCAUUGAGGUUAAAGAAGUAUUUGGACCCUACAGUAUGGAUGUUGUGACCAGCACUGCCUUCAGUGUGGACAUUGAUUCCAUCAAUCGGCCCUCUGAUCCUUUUGUCGCAAACAUUAAGAAAAUGGUCAAGUUCAACCUUCUGAACCCGUUGCUUGUGAUCACUGUUCUGUUUCCAUUCAUGGGGCCAGUUUUUGAAAAGAUGAACUUCUCCUUCUUCCCUGCCGAAGUGUUGGAAUUCUUCUACAAGUUUCUAGGGACGAUCAAAUCAGACCGGCAGAAGAAUCAUCACAAAAGCCGAGUGGACUUCAUGCAGCUGAUGGUUGACGCUCAGGUUUCAGAGAACAGCAAAGACGAUCCAAGCUCGCUAAAAGGGCUGACUGAUAAUGAGAUCCUUUCUCAGGCCAUGAUAUUCAUCUUCGCUGGCUAUGAAACCAGUAGCAGCACAAUGGGAUUUACAGCGUACAACCUGGCGAUGAACCCUCACAUCCAAAAGAGGCUGCAAGAGGAGAUCGAUGAAACCUUCCCAAAAAAGAGUCGGCCAACCUAUGAAGCGCUGAUGCAGAUGGAAUACCUGGACAUGGUGGUGAAUGAGUCAAUGAGGCUGUACCCUAUUGCUAACCGGCUAGAGAGAAUGUCAAAGACUUCAGUGGAAAUAAAUGGUGUGACCAUCCCUAAAGGAACUGUCACCAUGAUACCUGUUUACACCCUCCAACGUGACCCUGCUUUGUGGCCUGAGCCGGACGCCUUCAAACCUGAAAGGUUCAGCAAAGAAAACAAAGACAACAUAGAUCCUUAUGGCUUCCUGCCCUUCGGAGCAGGGCCGAGGAACUGCAUUGGCAUGCGAUUUGCUCUCUUGAUGAUGAAGUUGGCCAUCGUGGAGAUCCUUCAGAACUUCAGCUUUGUCACCUGCAAGGAGACGACAAUUCCACUGGUGCUGGCAAAUGAUGGAUUUACUACACCCAAGGAUCCCAUCAAGCUGAAGCUGGAGCCCAGAACAACUGUUGCUGAUUCUUCAUGAAGCUGAUUCUCUGAUCUCUGAUCUGACUUGGAGUAACUCUUAUCGGAAAACAACAACAGCAACAAAAAACAUUUAUAUUCUCCGAAAAUAAGAUUAUCUGAGCUAAACAUGCACAAACUUACCAUGCAUCAAUAGGCAUGUACUGAAUACUGUAGUGUUUACCUCUCACAAUGGAGCAUAUAUCAAUAGUCAAGGCUCCAGUCACAGAAUUUUAAGUUUCCUUUAUUUUUCAAGCAUUCAGCAUAUAAUUUUAAUCCUAAAAUCAAAAUUUUACUAUGCAUUACACAUUUCACAAUAAGACAGAAUGUAAAGUUGAGCCGACAGCCUGGCUCCAAAACCUUGGUUCUACUCAUUAAACCGCUGCUCAUGUAAUAAUAAUAAUAAUAAUACAUUUGAUUUCUAGUGCACUUUUCAUCGGCAGGAUCUCAGUGCUACAAAGUUAAAAACUUAAACCAAAAAAAAGUUAAAGCAAUGCUCAAUGAAAACAAUAAACAGGUUAAAAUCAGUUCAUAAUCAACAUUCAUAGGCCUUUCUGAAUAAAAAAGUUUUCAGGCCUGAUUUAAAAGAGUCUAGGCUCUGAAUAGCCCUCAGCUGGGUUGGGAGGCUGUUCCAGAGGCGUGGUGCGGCAAAGCAAAAGGCUCGGUCUCCCAUGGUGGAGAGCCUGUUGCUGGGGACUUGGAGGAGCAGGGUGUUUGCUGUCAUUGUGAUUUACUGACUUUUUCCUCCAUGUAUUUUAAUAGACUGUAUCAUUAGUUGUAAUCUUUUCUAUGCCUUGUAUAUUAAAGAAUACAUUAAAUAUG